GUGCGAGCGCGGAGAUAUAAUGCGUGCGCUUCUCACAUCAGGUCAAAGAUGAAUGGAACCAGACUACCUCAUCAAAAUGCCUUUCAUGAACACCAAGGGCGCGACUACGCUCGGCCACACGUUCAGAAACUUCGACCAAACCAUCAUUACCAUCAAGGUCGGUCGAAAGGACUGCAAUGAGUCUUUCAGCUGCCAUCGCGAACUCUUGCGGAGAUGCUCGACAUACUUUAGCACAUGCUUGGAGGAGAAGAGCGACUCGCCUUACAGCAGCCCCGCCACUGCGCUGGAGCUAGAGGACACCAACCCAGACGUUUUCGAUGCCUUUAUGCUCUGGCUUUACACUGGCUUUAUUCCGCACCACCUUAUCGAGGGCGGCAAGGAAGUCCAUCCUCCCACACAUGCUGUCCACGUCAAUGGAAGCGAUAGCACCGCCCCUACCGAGCAUGGCGAAAGCGACGACGUGGAUACCGCAUCAUGGGGCAUUGCUCUAGAAGAUGACACAACUUCAGAAAGCGCUCCAGCAGCCCCUGAAACGACGGCUAGUUCUGAAGCUGCGAGUGCAGAGAAGGUACCAGGAGAGGCCGAGGCUGAAAAGGUUGCGGUAGCGCCACCCCAUCGCAACCCAGCAGAAAAGCCCGAGAUACCAAAGGAGACGCUGUGCCCAUGCUGCUCGCGACCGUACAAAUGGAGGGGGUUGGAAGGCUUCUUGGAGCGCCGUUUCGUCUCUCUCUACGUCUUUGCGCACCGAUACUCGAUUCCCCGAUUACGCCGUGCUGUGCUUCUCGCCUGGCAGACCAACGACGAAAUUCUGCAAGUCAUGCCAGACCACAGCAACGUCAUCGCCGCAUACGAGAGCCUCCCUCCCGACUCGGCUCUCUGCAGGUAUUUCCUCGACAUGUACUCCGUGUACUGGAACCCCGAUCGUGACGACGAGCGCAUGAUUUCCUUACGAAGCCAGCUUCCACAGGCGUUCCUAUUCGAGCUAGUCACCAUGCUAGCUCGAGGCGAGCGCCCCAAGAUGGAGAAGGAGUGGUGUGAGUUCCAUGAGCACGAGACGGAAGAGGAAAAGAAGUCUUGCCUAGAUGAUCUAGCCAAAGACCCGGUAGCAAGCAAGGCCCUGCGACGCAUCAAGGAUAGCAAGGGCUGGAAGGGCCUGGUGCUCAAGAAGGGCAAGCGAUGAUGACAUUUACGACAACUCAUUUGCGAGCAUGGCAAUCGGGAGGCGUAGCAUCGGCGUUUGGAGCUGCACACAUUGUGCGCAUAGCAGUAUAAUCAAUCAACCAAUCUUUUC